GUAAAAGAUGGCGACUUCCUUGGUCCUUCUGCCACAUGGUUCUGACUACCCAUAAGUCACUAUUCUCAUAUUGGAAGUAAGAAGAACGUUCAGUUUCCUGGCCAUGUUACGUCGAUCUUCUCUCGUCUGGAUCUUCGUGGUUGGUCUUCAUGUUCUCUCCAUGGUAGUUGCUGGUCCAUCAAAGGGAAAUGUAGAAGAGGUGAAUGACAUAAAGGAACUCAAGAAGAUUCUCAGGACAAAAAAGAAUAUUCUCAUUUUGUUCAGCAAAUCUUCCAAGGAUGCUCAAGGAGUUCUCAAGAUCUGUGAAGAAGUGGCUGAAACCAUAUAUGGUUCAGGAAGCAUAUUGCAUAUAGACUGUGGCAAAGCGGAAGUGAAGAAGCUGUGUAAAAAGCUUAAGGCUGAGCCAGACUCCAUCCUCCUGAAGCAUUUCAAGGAUGGAGAAUACCACAAAGACUAUGACAGGCAGCUGACAACAUCUUCCAUGAUUCAAUUUAUGAGAGAUCCAACUGGUGAUCGUCCCUGGGAAGAGGAAUCAUCUGCUAAAGAUAUUAAACACUUGCACAAUUCUCAGGCUUUGACCAAGGUUUUGGAGAAGGAAGGAAAGCAGAAAGGAGUGAUGGUGAUGUUUUAUGCUCCGUGGUGUGGGUUUUGCAAGAAGAUGAAGCCAGAUUUUGCUGCAGCUGCAAGUGAACUGAAGGGAGAAGCCAUCAUGGCAGCCAUGGACGUCACUCGACCUGAGAACUCCCAGGCAUCUAAGCUAUACAACAUAACAGCGUUUCCAACCCUCAUUUACUUUGAGGAAGGUAAGAGGAAGCUCGACUAUGAGGGGGAGAACCGAAGAGAUGCUCUUGUGUCUUUCAUGCGAGAUCCACGACCACCACCAGCCAAAGAACCAGAACCAGAAUGGUCUGAGACUCCAAGUGAUGUUAUACACCUUUCUGAUUCUACAUUUGAUCCUUUCAUCCAGAGUCAAACUUCUGUAUUGGUGAUGUUUUAUGCACCAUGGUGUGGACACUGCAAGCGGAUGAAACCACAGUAUGUGGAGGCUGCCAAGCAAUUGAAGGAAGAAAAUAUUUCAGGUCACUUGGCAGCAGUUGAUGCCACCAAAGAAAAGGAACUUGCCAAACGAUUUGAGAUCAAGGGCUAUCCCUCAGUCAGAUACUUUCAGAAUGGGAGUUUGAAAUGGGAUGUGAAUGUGAGGGAGAAGGAAGGGCUGGUGAACUUCAUGAAGGAUCCUAAGGAGCCACCCCCACCACCCCCUCCAGAGGCACCAUGGAAGGACACUCCAUCUGAGGUUAUUCACCUGGAUGCUGAAAACUUCCGAACAACACUUCGACGCAAGAAGCAUGCCCUUGUCAUGUUCUAUGCCCCCUGUUUGUUCCUUUCUUAUUCCAGGGUUCCUCUACAUAUGCAUAUUGUCUCUAAUUGGAGCAAUCUCUCUCUUUCUCUGUCAGGGUGUGGACAUUGCAAGGCAGCCAAACCUGAGUUUGUGGCAGCAGCUGAGCACUUCAAAGAUGACCCCAAGGUCACUGAUUCACAUUGUACCUAUGAUGUCCAAGGGUAUCCCACUCUCAAGUAUUUUCACUAUUUUGACAAAGACUCCAAUGAUUAUUCUGGAGAACGAAAGGUGGAUGCAUUUGUAUCCUUCAUGUUGAACCAUCUUGGAGUUGGCAAUGGUAAAGUUGAGUCCUCACAACACUCUUCAGAAGAGGCUGUGGAUCCAAGUUCAGAAUGGACAGAUCUUCCUGGAUCUCAAUAUCUCACCCACCUGAAUCAGAAAACAUUCGAUUCCUACAUUCAGUCUCAGGAUGUCACUCUUGUGAUGUUUUAUGCACCUUGGUGUGGUUUUUGCAAGAAGAUGAAAGGAGAUUAUGCCAAAGCUGCUCAGAUAAUGGCAGAGGAGCAUGGUUUACAGAAAAUUGCUUUGGCCACAGUGGAUGGUACUGCUGAGACAUCCCUAAAUCAACGCUUUGAAAUCAAAGGAUAUCCAACCUUGAAGCUUUUCAAGAAAGGGACGUUUGUGUCAGAUUAUCGAGGUGGACGGACAGCAGGUGAGAUUUCAGCUUUCAUUUUGGAUGCUGCCAAGCAGGAGCAAAGGGAUGAGUUGUGAUUCUGUCUUUCCAUUUGUAUGCUUCUCAAUGUGAGAGAAGAUAAAACUGUACUAAUAAUUCAUACUUGGUGGUAGGGGGGAAAUGAAGGGAGAACAUUAAAAAACCAAACUUGAGUCUGUGAUUUAUGCUUCUCUUCCCACACUGACUUCAGUCACUGGAAAGUCCAUACCUUUUAUGAAUCGUGAGCAUGUUUGCUGCAUUGGAAAUUUAUGUAGGGUUUCCCCCAAAAAACAUCUCCAUGCUAUUUUUUUUUUUUACUAUCUUGAGUCUGAGGCAAUGUCUUUUUGUCGUUCAAGCUUUAUUGAAAAGUAAGAGGUGGGAAAUUCUAUUAAUCAGAAGAAAUAACUUCUAACAAACAAAAGUACAGCAUGAAGUUGUCAGGAUGCAUUGGUGACUAGCACUAUCCUUGGGGCAACAAGGUGAAGUUUGUUGUGGUGAAUGGUUCCAAUGUUAAAAGAAAAGGUAAAUCAGAAUGUUCAGGAGAAAGUUUUUUUUUUCAUGAUAUUCUAUAUGUGUUUGUAAGAAAGGAUGAUGGAUGAGGUGGGGAUCAUCAGGAUAAUGGAUUAAAUAUAACUCUGCUUUUUAAAUGCUGCUGGUCAGUAACAGUCUCUUGUAGCAGUUACUAACAGUCUAU